UCCAAAUCACCUACAAUAAUUUUUUUGGGGAAAAGAAGUGUGUUCUUGUAAUAACUAGCAAACUACGGGGCAAAGUUUAUGGUGUAGAAUAGACAAAAGUUUUUGGUUCCUCUCACCUUCGCUUUGCCUAAUAAUAAAUUUCCAAGGAAAGGCCCCACUUGAACCCACCAUUCUUCUUCCUUAAAUACAAGUCUAGAGCUACUUUCUACAAACUUCAGGCCUCAUCCAGAUAGAAGUAUCCCUGGAAACAAACAUGCAAUCCCACAGUGAUAAUGUGCUGCCAUUUAAUGAGAAUGACUCCCAAGACAUGUUCAUCUAUCAAGUGUUGAACGAAGCAAACGCUCACGGCCUGGGAAUCAAUAACCUUCAUCAUUUUCAUGCUUCCCAAAGAAACCAAACUGCCGUUGCAAGCAGCAUGCUUGAGCCAGCCAGGACCAUCGCCAAGAAGCACUACAGGGGUGUCCGGCGUCGCCCUUGGGGCAAAUACGCCGCGGAAAUCCGUGACUCCACUCGGCAUGGUGCAAGGGUGUGGCUUGGCACGUUCGAAACAGCCGAACAGGCUGCUUUGGCUUAUGACAAGGCAGCUUUCAAGAUGCGUGGCUCCAAGGCUUUACUCAAUUUCCCAGCCGAAUUGGGUGCAUCGUCGGUCCAAAGAAUAUUAAGGCCAAAUUCAAGCUCAAAAAGCUUGGCAAAAACUGAUCUGGAUUCAGGAAGUAGUUCCCGCACCGUUUCGACCGGGACAUCGAAAUCAGAAUCAGAAUCAGAGAGCAGCACAACUGGGAAGUCCCAUAGUAAAGGCUCAGAAUCUGAUCACUUGAACAGUAUCUUGAAAGUUCUCUGAAACAGUUCUUCAGGAAUCAAUAUCUACCUCGAAGACCUAAAAACCAGUACCAGGGUUCAGAUGUGAGAAAGUCUUCAUCUCCCCUUUUCGGGUUUACAUUUUGCCGUUCGAUAUUUUGUUUUCUUCAUGGUGUCCUUGGCAUUUUUUGUGUAUAGGAGUUAAUAAUAGGUUUAAGAUCAAGGAUGAUAAUCAAUGCUCAUUGCUACAAGUGCAAAACUACACCUUUAAGAACCAUAUUUCAUUUCUUAAUGUUUCAUAACAGGGGUGGCACAAGAGAUUUGAUUAGCAUGGUGGAGAAAUCAUUACUACAAAUAGAUUUAACAGGUUGAAGACAUGGGUUUACCUAUUCCAGGACAAAUGAAUGGUACUGAACAGAAAUUGUUUAAAUUUGGUGACAAAACUAGAAUACUAGUACUAUUGUAUGAUUAUAUUUAUUCGAGUUUAAUAAAAAUGAGUGUGUUAUCAUUUUCAA